GACAUCAACAACAUGGCGGCACCCAUAAGCUUAGCCGGUAGGCUCAUUUCCGCUUCCAGAAAACUGGGAACUUUUCUCUUCAGUUCAGUUGUUUUCGCCCAGGCGACCUCGGCCCCUUACAUCAUGGACACCAACCGACUGACCAAGCUGGAGUUUGCUGUUCAGAUGACAUGUGAGAGCUGCGCUGAGAAAAUUAGAGCAGCUUUGGAGGGUAUACCAGGAGUGGAGUCGGUCAGUAUUGAUGUGGGUAAAGAGGAGGUGCUGGUGGAGGCCGCUCUCACCAGCGUAGAGGUGCAGUCUCUCAUCGAGAGUACGGGACGCCGAGCCGUGCUGAAGGGGAUCGGAGGAUUAGAGCAAGAUCUGGGUGCAGCCGUGGCCAUGGUGUCUGGAGCUGGAUCCAUUCAGGGCGUGGUGCACUUCUUGCAGCUGUCUGAGGAUCACUGCCUGAUCGACGGGACCAUCGAUGGGUUGGAGCCUGGACCCCACGGUCUGCAUGUGCACACGCUGGGCGACCUCACACAGGACUGCCUCAGCUGUGGAGAGCACUACAACCCAUUUGGAAAACAACACGGAGGUCCGGGCGACUCUGAGAGGCAUGUAGGUGAUCUGGGGAAUAUUAUAGCUGGACCAGACGGCCGAGCCUCCUUUAGGUUAGAGGACAAUCAGCUUAAGGUGUGGGACGUGAUUGGUCGAUCUCUGGUCGUGGACUCGCAGGAAGACGACCUGGGUAGAGGCGGCCAACCUCUCUCCAAGCUAACUGGAAACUCUGGUGAAAGGCUGGCCUGUGGGAUCAUUGCCAGAUCCGCAGGCCUUUUCCAGAACCCCAAGAAGAUUUGUGCGUGCGACGGAGUCACGCUGUGGGAGGAAAGAGACCGACCCAUUGCUGGGAAAGGCCGAAGCAAGAUAAACCCAGAGACACCUGCAGCACACCUCUGAAUCUGACAAAAACAUGCUGAUUGGUGUUUGGAUGAAGAGAUGGACAUUAUGUUGACUUUAGUCGGCAAUUUAACGGAACGCAGAGCACUUUGUUCCCAAACCGCUGGAGAGAUUACUUUAUAAAAGCCUUGAAACAUUUGUGAUAAAUUUGACUCAUCCUGCACAAACAGUCCUGCCUCUUAACAUUUCAUAUUAACCCAUGCAAGCAUUUUCAUAUAGCCUCAAGAGAUCCGUUUUUAGACAGAAAACACUUGCAGACAUCCUGCAGCUAAUGCACAUUUAGAUUAAACCUGGUUUGAAUCCAAAAAGGGGUGCAAGUGGCUGGAGUAAAAGAUUAAAAAGACAGGAGGAAGACUCCAAUUCCAGCUUGAGAUGAAGGUCAUAGGGGGCUAAUUGAGAGGGGGAAGCCUUCAGGGUUGAGUUCCCUGCUGUUCUUUUCAGCAUUCAGUAUGAAGUUUUCUUCCAGCUACCUUCAGGGCCUUAAAACCAAGGUGAACUGACUUUUUCUCACAUUCCCAUUUCUCUUGUCAUGUCGCAUUUCCUGUGAUAAAUGAAUGUAUUAUGAUAACCAAACUACAACCCGCUUUACUUUGUGUAUAUAUUUCUUCAUGAUUAAAAGAUCAAUAUCAGGACAUGGUGGUUUGUGAUGUGUUUGUAAUAAAGUUGACAUUGAUUUUUCUGUUUCCAAA